UCCUCCCCCCCUCUCACUCCUCCGCGGCCCGUGCGCCCCAGUGCUGCGGCCGUCGCCGUGACGUAGCAUAGCGUCGCCGCCGCCGCCGCCGCCGCCGCCUCACCCCAACCCAUCCGCCUCUCACGCGCGUCGCCUCCGCCGUCGCCGUUCCCGUCCUACACCUCACCGCGCCCCCGCUAUCUCAACCCCGCCCGCGGUUUUAUCCGUUGGUUCCCGAGUUCUCCCGCCCCCGGCGAAACCUAGGGUUCGGCGACAGGAUGCAGAAGCUAGGGCUCUCGGGGCUUAGGGGCCUCGAUGGGUUCCGAUCUCUCGCUGGUGCCACCUCUACGGCUGGGAAGGCCACGAACCCCAAGCCCUCGUCGGAUGCUGGAGGUAGCACAUACGGGAGCUUCGCCAACCUUAAGAUCACAGCAGAGAAAUUAGUCAAGGAGCAGGCUUCAGUGAAGUCUGAUCUAGAAAUGGCGCAUACCAAGCUGAGAAGAGCAACAGAACAGAUAAAUAUGUUAGAAGCAAAGCUUCAACAAGCUGUCAACGAAAACAUGAAGCUUAAGGUAAAGCAGACUGAGGAUUCGAAGCUCUGGCAGGGGCUAGAUUCAAAAGUUUCCUCAACAAAGAUGCUGUGCGAUCAGUUAACUGAAACUCUGCAGCAGUUAGCAAGUCAGGCAGAAAGAGCUGAGGAAGAUAAGAAGUUUUUCGAGGGGAUGCUUGGGAAGAACUCUAAAGCUUUAGAUGAAUUGAACUGCUUGCUGCAUGAUUCCUCGGCAAAGCUGGAAUGUGCAGAACAAAGCAUCAUGUCAGGUAAACAGGAGAUUUUGCGGAUCAAACAAGAGAAAGAAGAAAUGGAUCAGAGUUACAAGGAACAGCUUUACGCAAAUGAUACUACCAUAAAGGAAAAAGAUUCUCUCAUCAAACAGUUGGAGGGUUCAGUUGAAGAAAAUAAAUCCCGCUUAUUGUGUGCUGACUCCCGCUUGCAGUGCAUGGAGCAAGAGUUAAAGCUAAAGCAAGAUGUUUGCAUUUGCCUGAAAGAAAACCUUGCAUCUGCUGAAAAAGAAAAGAAUGACUUGGAGCUUAGGAACCAGAGAUACAGUCUGGAAGUCGAAAGACUGUACAAGGACAAUAAGGAUGCUAAUGAAUUGCUUAGCAGUUUUGUGGCUAAGGUAGCUGAGCUAGAUAAAGAGCAUGCAUCAAUGUCAAGGCAUGUCGCUAGAUUGCUUUCUUCAUUUGAUAAGUACUAUGGAAUGGUCCAAGAGGAGAAACUGCUGAUAACAAGAUCUGCUAAGGACAAACUGGAACAUCUUCAAAACCAGUUUGUAGAUUUGACAUCAGAAAAUAGUGGUCUCAACAGUGAAAUUGGAGAACUGAAGUCCAGAAUCACAGAGUUACAAAAAACUCAAGAAGCUGUUAUGGUUCAGCAUGUAGAAGAAUGCCAAGUGGCUGAAGAUAAAAUCAGAAGACUGGAGUCUGAAGCAGAAGUAUCUGCCUCCAUUGUGAAUUCCUUAGAAAGGUUAUCUUCGGAACUACAAGGGAGAGUUCAAAAGUUACUGGAGGAUUCUAGCCUUGCUGAAAAUCAGAAGGAAGAGCUGUUACAGAAGACUUUGAAGCUAGAAUCAGAUAAUCAGGAGCUUCUAGGCAGAGUGCAGUCAGUUUUGGAUGAGAAAUCUAACGAUACAGAAUCACUGCACAGCGAGAUUGCUAAGCGUGACCAGCAGGUUGACACACAAGAAAAACAGAUCAGUGAGCUCCGCAGUGUUCUUGAUGAGAAGGAACAGUUGUAUAUUUCUUCUGUAGAAAGAGAGAAGAGUUUGGAGGAACAAAAGUUACAGAUCCAAGCAUCACUUGCUGCCACAGAAUGUCAACUUACCGAGGCCAAAAAACAGUACGAUCUCAUGCUUCAGGGUAAACAGAUAGAGCUAUCAAAACAUUUGAAAGAGUUGUCACUCAGAAAUGAUCAGGCAAUCAAUGUCAUCCGUAAGAAAUAUGAAUUAGAAAAGGUAGAAAUCAUUAGUGCUGAAAAAGAGAAGGCAGAAAAACUCAUAAGGGAAAUGGAGCACAAAUGCAACGAAAAGAUAUUAGAGAACAAGCGAGAAUCUGAGAGGUGCUUGAUGCGUCUUAAGGAGGAACAUGCCGCAGUGGUGGCAAGAAUUCAACAGGAUAAUGAGCUUAAGGAAUCAACUCUUCGGGCUUAUCACAAAGAAGAAUUGCAGCGCAUUCGUUCUCAGGGUGAGAAUGAAUUGAGGGAGAGGCUGUCGUCGCUCAGACAAGAGCAUGAAGCUCAAAUAAAAACAGUGAACAUUCGACAUGAAGAAGAUUGUCAGAAACUACAGGAUGAACUGGAGCUUCAGAAGUCAAAGGAGGAGAAGCAAAGAGCAUUAUUACAGUUACAGUGGAAAGUGAUGGGCGAAAGUCAACAAGUUGAUCAGGAAGUUAAUUCUAAAAAGAGGAGAGAUCCAUAUGUCAGAAAAGAAAGUCAGCUUCAGUUGCCAGGUCCAGGUCCUGAGACCAAACGGAAGGAUGUAAACAUAUCUGGAGUUAUACACUCGCCAAUUUCUAACGUACUGAGGAAGGUAGAGAAAGCAAGUCAGGAUGUUACUAAUCACAGAAAGGUAACACACCAUGAAUAUGAAGUGGAGACAGCAAAUGGAAAAAUCACAAAGCGCAGGAAAACUAAGAGCACUGUCAUGUUUGGGGAACCGAAUACUCAGAAGUCAUUGCAAAAUACUCUUGACAAGGAUGUUACAAAAACAAGAAAGGUUGUUGCAGGAUCCCGUCCCCAUCCUGCCAAUAUUGGUGAAUUAUUUUCUGAGGGCUCCUUGAAUCCAUAUGCUGAUGACCCUUAUGCAUUUGGCUAGAAGCUCACGUCUAUUGGUGCUGAUCUUAAGAAGCAUGGAAACGUAAUCUGGAUUGCAUAAUUCCCUGCUGCCGCCAGGUCUAAUCGAUGAUUUUGCUGCCUGCCCUGGUCAUGAUAUCCGAUCAUCCCAGUGUUCAUAUGACUGUUAACAACGUGCGUUGGUGUGUCUGGAACAUUUCUAUGAUGAGCACUGUGAGUGGUUAUCUUGUACGCUGGUGCGCUUGUGUAAAUAAACCGACCUCGUCAUCUAUGGAAUAGAGAAUUUCAACAGGAAAUUACUGCCCAACGUCCUGAUACCUUUUUGGACUGCUCUUUGUAGAAGGCUGAAAGAUACUGUGCUGCUGCUGCCAUAUUAGGCUUAGUCGCUUUGGAGUUGCGCUGAUCGUUAUACCCACGAACCCUGUUUGUGUAUAAAUGCAGUAGAUGCCUCGAUGGGGAAGUAUGUUAAAUUCAGUGUGUUUCCAUUUGGUCAUGAGAUGCAUGAAA